AUCCCAGUUGGAAGAGUCGAAGCAAAACACAGAGAUACAGUGAGAAAGAGAAUGGCGUUGUUGAGUAGUGGCACUCCAUGGUCGAAGGUUAUUGCUCCUCCAAUUUUUCAUCGUUCAUACACCACUCGAACCUCCUUCUUCCGAAGAUCCUUCACAGUCUCUGCUCUCUCAGAAUCUUCCCUUCCCGUUCGCGUUCGUUUCGCUCCUUCUCCUACUGGUAACCUUCAUGUUGGUGGUGCCAGGACGGCCCUUUUCAAUUACUUGUUUGCCAGGUCCAAAGGUGGGAAAUUUGUGCUGAGAAUUGAGGACACUGACUUGGAGAGGUCUACAAGGGAAUCUGAAGAGGCCAUGCUCAAAGAUCUUUCUUGGCUGGGCCUUGAUUAUGAUGAGGGGCCCGGUGUUGGAGGGGAAUAUGGUCCCUAUAGGCAGUCUGAGAGAAACGCUUUGUACAAACAGUAUGCUGAGAAACUCCACCAAUCGGGUCAUGUUUAUCGCUGCUUCUGUUCUAAUGAGGAACUAGAAAAAAUGAAGGAGGAUGCUAAAUUAAAGCAACUGCCUCCAGUGUACACGGGUAAAUGGGCAAGUGCAACAAAUGAGGAAGUAGAAGAAGAGCUGUCAAAAGGAACUCCAUAUACAUACCGGUUUCGUGUUCCUGAAGGAAGUUUAAAGAUUAAUGACCUAAUACGAGGCGAAGUUAGUUGGAACUUGGAUACACUUGGAGAUUUUGUGAUAAUGAGGAGUAAUGGUCAGCCUGUUUAUAACUUUUGUGUAACGGUGGAUGAUGCUACCAUGGCUAUUUCCCAUGUUAUCAGGGCAGAGGAGCAUUUGCCAAACACUCUAAGACAGGCAUUAAUAUACAAGGCACUAAGAUUUCCCAUGCCUUACUUUGCACACGUUUCAUUGAUUUUAGCUCCUGACAGGAGUAAAUUAUCGAAACGACAUGGGGCAACAUCAGUGGGUCAGUUUCGGGAGAUGGGGUACCUACCUGAAGCAAUGGUGAAUUACCUAGCAUUAUUAGGUUGGGGUGAUGGGACUGAAAAUGAGUUUUUUACUCUUGAUCAACUUGUUGAAAAAUUCACUAUUGAACGUGUUAACAAAAGUGGUGCUAUUUUUGACUCAACAAAGUUAAGGUGGAUGAAUGGUCAGCAUUUAAGAGCUCGUCCGUCAGAGGAGCUGACCAAACUUAUUGGAGAGCACUGGAAGACAUCUGGCUUACUUACAAUAUCAGCAGGGCCCUUUAUUGAUGAAGCAGUGCAACUACUUAAGGACGGGAUUGAUUUGAUACCUGAAGCAGACGAGGCACUUUCUAAGUUGCUUUCUUAUCCUUUGCAUUCUACUUUACAGAGCCAUGAAGCAGAAUCUGUCUUGCAAGAUAAUCUUUCUGAAUUUGCUGGUAGCCUCUUGGGUGCCUAUGAUAGUGGUGAUUUAGUAGCAGCCCUUGAAGAAGGCCAAGCUGGCUGGCAAAAAUGGGUGAAAGGCUUUGGUAAAUCGCUAAAGCGCAAGGGAAAAUCGCUUUUCAUGCCACUCCGACUUCUGCUGACCGGAAAACUCCAUGGACCUGACAUGGGGGCUAGUGUUGUAUUGCUCUAUAAAGCUGGGAGUGGUGGUAUAGUUGCUCCUGAAGCUGGUUUUGUAACAGUGGAUGAAAGAUUUAAAAUGCUUAGGCAAAUCAACUGGGAAACAUUGUCCAAGGAUCAACCUGUCAAAGAAACUGCUACUUCUGUCAACUGAGAAUUCACUUUCAAGGACUAGUUAAUAACACCAUGUUUUUCCACUUAUGUGUGGAGCCUUCAUUUAUGCAAUUUUUUUGACUGGAGAAUUCUGAUUUGUAAUAGUAACUGAGGAAUCUUGUUUAGUCAUAGUGAGUUUCAGUUAUUAUUUUUUUUAUUUUGGAGAUAUGUUUAGGAUUUUGUUUCAGUGAGAUUAUAUAUAUGAUGUUACUUUGUUUUCUUCUUGUUUUUCUAAUGAGGUACCUCUGAAGUUUUUUGUUAUUUCUCUAGAGUGAAAUAUGUAAUGGCAACUAUUUAGUUUCAAUGUUUUUAAAAUUAUUUAAUAAAAUAUGGGCUGGAGAAACAUUUUAGCUCGCUGUUUUGUAAAUAAGAUUGAUUUUUUUUUUAUUUGGUUGUUUUUUAAAAAAAUUGGAUUUUAAUUGUUUUAUUUACUUUCCAUUAAUUAAACGGUUGAAGUGGUAACAUCAAUAUGAAUAUCAUCAAUUGAAGCCUCUAAAAUUAAAUUAAAUUAAUUUCACUCUAUUCUAACAAAAUUGGAUUGAAAAUAUUAUUAUAUUCUAUAAACUUGUUGUUUUAUUUCAAUUUAGUUUUUAACUUUGUUUUUAGUCCUUUAUUUCUCUGAUUUGAAAUUAGUUUUAUUUAUAAAUUGUGAUUUAGAAAAUGACCUUUUUAUUUUGUUAAUUGUAUCUUUUCACUGUUAUAAUUAACAAAUAGAAAUUUAUAAAAGAAAUAAGCGAUUAAAAUUAAAAGAAAAAUAGAAGAGUAGAUUGAAAUAAAAAAUAUCAGCUUAAAAAAGAAAAUUGAAAUUCAAUAAAAUCUUAUUUUUUGAACAUUCGAGAUAAUAAAUAUCAAUUAUAAAUUAAUAUUUUAUAAUGUCAAAUAUAAUUGAACUAUCAGGUACUCAAGAUUUAAAAAACUACUUGGUCCUCAAUAUUUAAAAACUCCUUAUCAAUCCCUGAUUUCAUGAUAUUACAUUUAUUUUUUUGAUCUUUUUAGCAAAAUGAUAGUAGAAAAGUGGCUAGAAUGAUUAACAAGGGCUAACAAAAGGUUUUCAAAAUUUCAAGAACUGAAGCACACAACUUGUACAAUAUCGAGGACUAACUUGGGAGGUUUAUUAAAAAAAUUCUAAGAAUGGAUGCAGAAAAAUAUAGUAACAAAGAACCUAAUGAAGAUGCUCAUGAAUACCAAUAUUUAAAAAGGAAAUAUGUUGGUUUCAAAUAAAAGAAAAAACGUGGUUCAACAACUUCCUUCGCAUUGUUAUAU